AUGGGCGACCACGAGGGUCGCGGGGACGAUUUCGAGAAGAAGGCCGAUCAGAAGCUCUCCGGAUGGGGCCUCUUCGGCAACAAGUACGAGGAAGCCGCCGACCUCCUCGACAGGGCCGGCAACUUCUUCAAACUCGCGAAGAACUGGAGCAGAGCAGCUGCGGUAUACAAAAAGAUUGCAGAUUGUCAUUUGCAGGGUGAUAGCAAGCACGAGGCUGCUUCUGCUUAUGUUGAGGCAGCAAACUGCUACAAAAAGUUCUCACCACAAGAUGCUGCACAAGCACUUAACAAUGCCGUUAAUCUUUUCCUGGAAAUUGGUAGACUGAACAUGGCUGCAAGAUACAGCAAGGCAAACAGCAUGACACAGAAAAUUGCAGAAAUAUAUGCUCAGCUGGAAAAGUACCAGAAAGCAACCGAGCUCUUCGAAGAAAUUGCUCGUAAAUCAAUAAACAAUAACCUUCUCAAGUACGGUAUCAGAGGCAUUCUACUUAAUGCAGGAAUUUGCCAACUAUGUAGAGGUGAUACUGUUGCUAUAAAUAAUUCAUUGGAGCGCUAUCAGGACAUUGACCCAACCUUCUCUGGGACACGCGAAUACAAGCUUUUGGCGGACCUUGCAGCCUCUAUGGAUGAAGGAGACGUUGGCAAGUUUACUGAUGCUGUAAAGGAGUUUGACAGCAUGACACGCCUGGAUCCUUGGAAAACAACUCUCCUUCUAAAGGCAAAGAACGAGUUGAAGAAAAAGGAUGAUGAUGAAGAUGAUCUAACCUAG